CAAUUCAUCGGCAGAGAAUACUCCGCCCACGCAAACGCCCACAAAUGCCAGAAGCGUCGACGCAGCAGCAGCAUUAGAGCCAUCGAGAAUGCGCCGUGACGUGAAGUACCAGGAAACGUUAUAUGGGCUGUCCGCGAUUGCGCUGCGGACUGUCCAGGCUCAGCAGUGCUGUUUUCUGGCUGAGUCUGCUGGGCAUCGUCAGUUCGGUGAUUUUGCUGGGUUGGGCAUUGAGAUUGAAGAUGAGGGUCGGGGAUCACGUGGAUCUGGUCGUGCCUGGAGGAGAGGGUUAUUUGUGGCCUGGAACAGCUGGACUGGCUGUUGUCCUCGUGGCACCGGUGCACGUGCUGGGAUUGAUGGUUGUCAGGACCGGAGUCAACAAGGAUUUCGAAGCUGGACGGAAGAGCUUGAGCGGAAGGUGCAGGGAGAAUAGUAAGUCAUCCCUGGACCGUCUUCUCUUCCUGCACACGUUGCUGAGCUGCCUGUCGGGUUUGCUGGUUCUGGGGGCAUGUGCUGGAAGCGCCUACUUCUGGAGUCUGUCCCGACGUCGGGUCAGACCAGGACUACACCGGGCAAUACGUCGUUAUCCCGCCGAGCCUAUUAUCAAGACUAGAGUCGACAGGCUACAGAUCGAACUUCGUUGCUGCGGAGCAGAGUCUUACGUCGACUGGUUCUUCGUCGACUGGAAGCGACCCGAUGACGGGGAGUAUGUCGAGUUGGAUUACUUCGCUGAGGAACCCAGAGACAUGGUCUCGGCGGAUGUGCCGUACUCGUGCUGCUCGUCGGAAGCGUCGCAAGCUUGCGUCCAUCAGAGUAUCGCCGGAGUUAAUGGCGAGCCGGAAGCCGAUGAUCAAUUGACGAUCUCCAGCGAGGGAUGCGGGAACAAGCUGUUGGAUCGAGCUGAUCGGGCCGGCCAGAGACUGCUCAUCUGUCUGCUAGUGAUCUCGGCUUAUCAGUUGACGCUGUCGAUUCUGUCGCGGCUCCUCCGAGCGGCUAAGCCGAGCGACUCUGCGAACACAAGGGGUGAAAGCUCCGACGCCUGGAUCUUCGGCAGAGGACCGAAAACUACGUCCCGUCGUCCCCGGGAGGAAGAACUCGAGCCGCUAAAAUCCAGACGGCUCGGUCAACCCUCUGUGCUAACGAGCCAGCGUAACGCAUCCACGACGUCGGAGAGCAGCAGCCAAGCGGCCGAGACGUCGUCGUCGUCGUCGAACGAGAGCCUAUACGCCGCGUCGUCGAGUCCGGGAGAGAAACGGGGCGCGACGAGUCCUCGCAUGCAAAUGCGGCCCACGGCUCGACGGAACCCUUCGAGCGACGCUGAUGAUGAUGAGGAGGAGGAGGAGGCGCCGCUCGAGAGGAAUUUCAAUGCGAGCGACUUCUACGGGAGAUUUCGCGGCACUUUGCAGGACACGCUGGAGAGACGACGACGGAGACAGUGCCAGGACUGGCAGUUCGUCGACGAUCGUCGCGACAGCUUCCCUCUGCCAGGCAAGAGGGCGACGACUCUGAAAGAGACUCGAAACUCCUCCUGCAGCUCGAGCCAGCGGGACGAGAGGACGUGUCCGGUUCACCAGAGGAUCCAGCCCAGCUGCUGUCCGGUACACGGCGACGCGAAUAGAUAAGAGUAUUAGUGCUAGAUUGUACAGAGGAUAGGUGUUCAAGUUCGAGUAAGUUUCUCAAUAAAAGUGGCGUUUUUUUUUUCUGGAUGUUGAUUCGUGGCGAUGAUCGUUAAGUAAGUCUGUGGCAGAUUAACAAGAAACAAACUUUAUUUGCAGCACAUAGGAAAGAUAAAUACAUGUCUCUUAAUGUACAGGUCAAAGCAACUGAGAAAGAAAAUGAAGGGAAAAACUUGUUUGAGACAGUUCAGUUAUGAGGGUACUUUAAUAUACAAUCCUUAAUUCUCUAUUAUCGAGAAGUAAAUACAUAUGCAUUUACAAUAUAUAGAAUCUGCGAGAUCGUGUCUGCCAUUUUUUCAUCGUUUGUUUUUUCUUUCCUUCUUCAUCCUUUUAAUUUCUGUUUAUUAACAUACGUAUAUUUAUAUUUAUAUAUUCAUUAUGUAUAUUCUGUAUAUUAUGUAUAGUGACGCUGACGAAAUCUAGGGAAAGCCAAUUGCCUCUCAGAAUUCGCGUGUUUACUUUUUUGCUCUACUCCGCACGCUCUUAUGUCGCACUCCGUGACGCUUCAUUCAUUCUCGUUCUCUCUCUCGCGCUCUUUACUUAGCUAAUCGUUAUUUAUUUAUUUAUUUUUUGUUAUACUUGUAAUCUUUUGUUUCACCUAAAUAAUGUGGCCCCCACCUACGUCCUCCCCCCGUGAUCCUUCGGGAAAAAGUCGAAUGGAGGGCGGAGGACGAGUUUGUUUGUUAGUUUUGUUUGUUUUUACUCUUUCGUAGUUCUACUUAUGCACGAUCUUUCCCGAUCGAUCGACGCGUCUGCUGGUUUAUAUUGUUUUAUUUUUCUCUAUAUACGCCUCCCGGACCUUCGAGGUCGAACUCUUUUUUAUACCCAUACCGCUUUAAUUUCAUGUACGCAACUAUACGGUUCUGUGGAUUUUCUAAAUCUGUGAUACAUAUGUUUUGUCGCAAUGAAUCUUGUAUAAUCGUGUGUGUUAUUUUUUUGCACUUGUCGAACAGUCCUCGAAUCUGCAGAUCGAAAAGUUAGCAUCGCUUACAGCAUUUAACUAUAGGCAUUUAAGACUAAAGAUUUUUUUUUUAAUUACUCAUUGCUUCUAGCAACAAUAAUUAUACAGUAUCAUAUUAUAACGAUUAAUAAAUAUGAAUUUGUCUCACGUUUUAAUAGUUUAACGAGCAAUAAAUGGAAGAAAUUAGCGAUUACUUUGCUCUUGCGAAUAAACUACACCGAUACAAACUUUAUACCCUUAGAAAUUCAUUUUAUAAAUUCAAAAAAUUCCUCACUUAUACGUCUACGUAUAUAUUCUGCGAAUAAAACACCCCGAUCGCACCUCGCUUAUUAUUUUUUUGGGUUCUUUUUUAUAAAUCGAUUCGAUAACAAAACUUUUAUUUUGAAACUCCUUUCUUUGAGAAAGUGACAACACUGCACAGUCGAGUUGCCCGAAGAACGGCAGAUUCGAGAAAUCGCUUCGCUGCUAAAGCAUCGCCGACGCGCACGUAUCAGAGACCCGAUAUACACAAUAACUUAUACGUGUUGUUGUUGUUGUUUUUUUUUUUUAUUAUUUUCUGUUGCACCUUCGUGUUUAUCACAAACUUUUUUCGAUUACGUCUAUGCGGUUAUUAGCUCUUAUACGUGGAUUCAUUUACGGAUUACGAGUUUUUUUUUCUGCUUUAUAAUAUGCUUCGGCGGCAAAAUGGCUUCGUUAUCGAAAUUCUCUGCCUCGCUUGCUUUACUGACAGCCAUUACUCCUCGUUAUACGCGCGCUUCAUCUUUUUUCGUUCGUUAAAUGUGUGCGAUAUUAAAAGACAGCAAAGCCAGCGCGCGCUGCCGGCGAAUCGACGCCCACGCGAAGGAUAUGUUCAUUCUACACCGUAAAUGCGAUACUUUCGAGUAUAUAUAUUUUUCGAAGCUUACAAUAACAAGAAACCGAAAGCGCAGCCUUCUCCGUCGAAACGUUUAUCCUAGAAAAAGUAUAUCCCUCUCAAAAGAAAGUCCUACUCUUCGCCUCGAGGCUGGGGGUAAGAAAAACGGCUGGGCUUAUCCUUCGGCACACAUCGCGUCGAAUCCGCCGACAGCGCGCGAGAACAUAAUAAAAAUUGAAAACGAGGCCAGUUCCCCGCGCGCUCCAUCUCGCGUGUGUGUAAUAAUGCAAUUCACAUUUAUACUGCCCAGCUGCACCGUACCGACUAUUAUAUAUUAUAUAUCGUCGCCUGUGUAUAAUAUGUAUAUGUGUAUACGGACACAACUACAACGCACUUGUAUAAUAAUCGUUCUCGAGUUCAUUCAACGAAUCAGCCGUUCGCUUUGCACCCUCUCGCGCACUCAAUAACAUUGUAACUCUAUAACGCCGCUUUCCGCCUCUCGCAAAAUAUUUGUAUAUCGCGUAUAUAAGCGUCCCGCGGGCAAAAUCAUCAUCGUCGCUCUAUACAUCGUCAAUUAUGUAUAUAGGCCUGACGUAUUAUAUUUUUGUAUAUAUCAUAUAUCAACUGUGGAUGUGUGUGUGUGUGCGUGCUGUGUAGGUGUGUGGCUGUGCACAUAUCAUAACCGAGAUAAACUUUAGCAGGACACGUUCUUCUCGCGGCCGCUGCUCGAUCGUCAUUUUUUAAACAGUGGGUCAAGAGCGAACGAGAGCUCGGGGGCGAAAAACGAAGUCGCGUGAGAUGAGCAAAAGAAGAAGAAGAAGAAGAAGAAGAAGAAGAAGCAACGAGAGAAGGUGGAGGAUAGCAUCGUAAAAAUUUCGAGGCGACUCGUGAAAAUUUAACGAGCUCGGCCUCGCACUCUUUCUCCUCUCAGCGCGCUCUCGCGACACAUGACAAGUUUCUCGGCCACGAGUGCGAUCGAUCCCGCUGUGUGUUUGUGUGUGGCGUGGAAUAAUACUGAGAUUAGGCGAAAGAGCAGCUCUUGUAUGCUCGUGAUUCGAUUUUGAAAUCAGGACCCGCGGAAAUUAAAGUACAACGUUCUCCAUCGUUCGUCUAUACAUAUAGAUUAUACGUGCUAAGAGGGGAAACGCAGGACGGUUCAAGUUUCGUAAAUAUGUAUACGCGUGUCAGUGUGUUUGUGUGAGUGUAACAGUAGAAAAAACCAAGGAAAUCGCGUAUACAGUUCCCCCAGGCUCGCGGAAUCUCUCCCCUUCCCGAAGCCGCACCUUACGCAAGAGUUCCACCUCGGAAAUUGGCGCGCAGGGACUACAACAACAUACACAUAUCGAAUCAUCACUUGUCGCGCGCUCCUACAUCUUUCUCUCGCACAUUAUAAUCUCGCUCGCUCACAUCGCUUUCUCGCUAUAUCGGUUCUACAAUAUUUGUUUCUCUACAAUACAUGUACAAGCCUCUGUGUAAAUACAAUAAUGUACAAGUUUUUUUUUCAUCAUCAUCAUCAUCAUCAGCAUCGUCGUCGCCUCUCGCCGCUAUCUCGCUGGUGGUGUUGUCGUCGACGUAGUCCUUCCAUAAUAUCCUCCAGUUGUAAGUAUAUUAAGCUUCUCUCGCGACCUCUGAUGCGAUCGCGAGUAUACACGUGUCUUCUUUACUCCUCUCUCUCUUUCUUAAACGCCUCGUUUUCUCCUUCUUGAGGGUUACAGCUUAUGUACGCGACACGGGGGUUGCGGUGCUGCUGCGAGUCAUUUUUCUUACUUUAUUCUCGGCUCGCUGCGCUGCGCUCUUCGCUUGAUUCAUUUAAGUAAUAAACUCCUCGUGCAAACAUCGCUAAACUUCUUACUCCGCACUUGUUCGUCUUA